AGGACGCCGCCGGCGCGCGUGCGCGCAGCCGCGGUGCGGCCAGUCUGCGUGCGGGAGUGGGAGGCGGCGGCCCUGCGACUCCGGCCUUAUCGGCUGACCGCUCAGUGAUACGCUUCGGAGCCAUGAACCGGUUUGGUACCCGGUUGGUGGGAGCCACGGCGACCCCGUCGCCGCCCCCGAAAGCCCGCAGUAAUGAGAACCUGGACAAAAUCGAUAUGUCUCUGGAUGAUAUUAUCAAAUUGAAUAGAAAGGAAGGAAAGAAGCAGAAUUUUCCGAGACUAAAUAGAAGACUCCAGCAAAAUAGUGCUCGGCAAUUCAGGAUGAGAGUACGGUGGGGAAUCCAGCAGAAUUCUGGUUUUGGUAAAACUAGUCUGAGCCGAAGAGGAAAAGUAAUGCCUGGGAAGAGAUGUCCUUAUGGAGUUAUCACUGGCCUUGCAGCUAGAAAAGCAACUGGAAUUCGAAAAGGAGUUAGUCCUAUGAAUCGUCCACCUCUAAGUGACAAGAAUAUAGAACGAUAUUUUCCAGUAUUAAAAAGGAAAGCAAACCUUCUGAGACAAAAUGAAGUGCAAAGGAAACCAGCUGCAGUUCUCAAGAGACCUAACCAGUUAAACAGAAAAAAUAACAUUCCAGCUAAUUUUACCAGGAGUGGAAAUAAAUUAAGCCAUCAGAAAGACACUCGUCAGGCAACUUUUCUUUUCCGAAGAGGCCUGAAGGUUCAGGCCCAGUUGAACACAGAACAACUGUUAGACGAUGUAGCAGCAAAGAGAACUCGUCAGUGGCGUACUUCCACCACAAAUGGAGGAAUUUUGACUGUGUCCAUUGACAAUCCUGGAGCAGUACAGUGCCCAGUAAAUCAGAAACCACGAUUAACUCGUACUGCUAUACCCUCAUUCUUGACAAAACGGGAACAAUCCGAUGUAAAGAAAGUUCCUAAAGGUGUCCCUCUACAAUUUGACAUAAAUAGUGUUGGGAAACAGACAGGGAUGACUUUGAAUGAAAGAUUUGGAAUCCUGAAGGAACAAAGAGCCACUCUCACAUACAACAAAGGAGGAAGCCGCUUUGUCACUGUGGGAUAGAUCCCACGUCAAAGGACCUUUUGAGUGAUGACUCUGAGAAGUUGAAUUGCUUGAAGAGUUCAUCACAGAAAUUCAAGAAUCUUUACUUCAAAAUAUUCACAAGGCUAAAUAACUCUUAUUUUUGAAGUUUUUUUUUUUUUAAACAUGUAUAAAAUAAUGCCCUGAAAGGUAACAGGGAGUAUACCUAUCUGUUCUUAAAGAUUUCAUGGUUGGCCCAGGCAGAAUAAUUUUCUGUUGACUUCCUUGGUUCCUCAUGCAGAAGAUGAAUGAAAGAAAGAAGAAAAGAAAGAAACAGAAAGAGAUUAUUUUUAUGAUAGUGAUAUUUAGGAUCUUACGUGUUUGCUCACUUUUUAGACUUUGCCAUGGUAAAACUUUGUCUUCUGUAAUACGAGUAGGUCCCUUUGUUGCUGUCACUUAUCCUUUAAAGAGUGUUGAUAUACUAAGUACAGUUGCCUUUUCUUCAUUAGACACAUUUUUUAAAACCUUAUGAGAAUUCCAGUUUUGGCUUUUAAGAUUUAUAGAACUAUCUGGAACAGGGUUCAUUUUUCAGGUGGUGUUAAGUUAGACUCCUGGAGUUGUAAAUCUUUAGUGCUGAACUUUUAACAAAAAAAUGUGGUUCUUGGCAUUAGUCUCAGUUUAAAAUGUUGGUGUAUGAAGGCUGUAAAUGCACGCUUACAGAGUUAUCCGAUAGGACACUGGAAAAGGUCCAGUGUGAAAAGCUGAGUUUGUGUUUAAUAAUGAAGAAAGCAUGUGAGGAAGGAGCAGGUUGAAGGACCAGAAACUUAGGUGAAAAGCUUCAAAACCCAGGUCAUAGAUAAACUCUGGAUUUAGUAUAGUCUUGAGUCUAGUGUCUUCAGAUUCUUCUUCAAGUGAUAUUUAGAAUUUUAGUUUUAAAAAUGCAUUGAAUCCCUUAGAUAUUUUGAUAGUAAAAUUAAUAGCCUUACAGUCCUACACUUUCUUAUUCAAAAAGUUAAAAUUUAUAAGCUUACUAAAUUGAAUAAUUUAUAGCUCCAGAAAGAAAAAUAUGUCAGAAAGAAAAAAAUGUGUAAAAUUACAAUAGAGUUACAUUGUAACCUUUGUUGUAUACCUUCCACUCAGAUUUUUUGUAUGAUAUAAAAUUCAGGCAUUUAGGCGAGAAAGAACUUUUCUUCCUGUACUCUGGAGAGGUGGGAGGUGUUAAGUCUGUUGUGCCAAGAUAGUGCUGAGAGUCUUCAGAAAUUGUGUACUACAAAUUACAGUAAAAUGCCAAAAUAUAGAAAAAUAUUCCAGCUGAAAAUUAGCAAGUUUGGUCAUUUUGAAGCUUGACUUUUUGGUUUAUCAUAAUGUUCACAUUUCUAAGUAGGUGUUUUUCUCUGGCUUAUUUUAUUAGUGUUGACUUUUCCUAUAAAACAAAACAAAACAUUAUCACCCCUGCCUACCUUGCAUUGUAUACUAGAUUUUAUUGUCUCCUAUGUUCCUUGGGUUACUUACUGGUCUAUGCUAGCCAUGGGAAGCUAUCAGUAACAGUUUCAUGUUUAUACCAAAGAAAUCUGAUCCUUAAUAUCCGAUAUUUUGCCAGUACUUCACUUGAUAAGGGAUUAUUGGAACCCAGUCACAGAAUUUGAAAAUAAACUCUAGCUCUUCUUAGCAAUUUGAAUCUUUUCAUAGAGGCCAAAGACUCACUGCAAAACAUUUUUGCAAAUAUGAAUAUUUAAUAUUUGAUCCAAGAACAAUAUAUUUUAGACUGCCUGGAAUUACUGGUAGCUUAUUUUAAAGGAAAGGAAAAACAACUGAACAUGAGUUUGCAGUCUUUAGAACAGUUUUUGAAAAUAUAGUAUAAAAGGGUUCUCAUUUUCCUCUUAUUUUAAAUAUUACUAUAAAGAGAUAUUGUUAUGUCAUUUUUUUAGAAGACCUUAAAAACUGCCCCAAAUGUUGGCAUUAAGUGCAUCAAAUAACAAAGUGUCUUUGCUAUAUUAAACUUUUGCAAUUCAUGCAUCUGUAAUUUUCUUUUAAAGUAAGUUUUGCCUUUGGUACAACUAAAUUAAAACUCUUGAGUGCUAGCAUGUUGUAUAUAAACAAAACAAUAUGCUUUGUUGGGAUACUUCCUUUCUUGGAAUGUGGUUGUAGUCAUCCUUGUUCAGUUCUUAAAAUAUUUUUUCUUAAACAGGAUGCAACUUAAAAUUUUCUUUGCAUCAAGGUGUAUGCAAAACAUUGAUGCAGUGCAUCACAAAGUGAAAGUUUGUAUUUAAUGAGGAGGUGCUUCACACUAUUUGGUGUUUUUUGGAAAAGUUACAUUUAGCUCUAUUCUGAAGCUGUUCAUUUUUAACAAAUAAAAUGUAACAGGUUUCACAUGA